GAGUUUUGAAAGAUCAGAGUGUGAAAGGUUUCUAUAACACUAUUACUUAUUAGUUUUGGAGAAUAUUGAGAAGGGAAAAAAGCUACAUGGGUGUUUUCACAUCACAUGCAAACUCUGCAGAUUAAAAAGGGUUUUUGAGUGUCUUAUGGUUCAUUUAAGCCACAAGCCAAGUUUUUUCUCCAAAGAGAAAAUUUUAGGCAGAGAUUCUUGCAGGUUUUUGGGAACAGUUUAAUAAUUUUCCAGUAACUUUCGGUUUUCUCUCUCUCAGUUUCUUUCUGAGAUUAAUCUUAAAAGAGAUGGUUGUAGCCAAUGCAAUCAAAGGCCUAGUUUCUGUUUUAGUGAUUAUGGUGUUGAUUUUACCACAAAUUGCUGCUCAAGUUAUUCCACCAGCUGAUUCUCCAUCAGAUAAUGCACCAGAACAGAUUUGGCAGCUUGAUAAUACUGUUAGAGUGGAUCCUUUAGAUAAUUUCAGAAAGUACAAAGGAGGAUUUGACAUCACCAACAAGCACUAUUGGAGUUCAGUGAUCUUCACAGGAGUUUAUGGAUAUGCAAUUGGGAUCCUCUUCCUUUUGUGUGGAACAUUAUAUGGAGGUUAUUUGUUAGUAACAACCAAGUUCUAUGGCAAAAGUGAGAAACCAAAAAGGGUGAAGAAUGUGUUUCCUUACAAGAGUUUUGAUCUUUCAAUUAUCACUUUGGCUAUAUUGCUCACCAUAUUAGCCAUAGUUGCAACUGGGCUUGUUCUUGCUGGGAGUGCAAGAUUCCAUUCUGAAGCAGAAAGUUCAGUUGGAAUUAUAAUAAAGACAGCAAAUGAGGCAUCAGAAACAAUAAACAACACAGCAGGAGCAUUAAAAGACAUGGAGAGUAACUUGAUGGAAGACAAUGUCAAUAAUGCUGUGGUUUCUGUGAGACUUGACUCAACAACUGAGAGGCUUGAUGAUGCAUCUGCAAAUAUUGAAAAGGAAGCUAGCAAGAAUAGGCGCCUUAUCAACAAGGGCUUGAAACUUGUAUUUGUGAUUACCAUUGUGAUUAUGAGCUUCAACUUGGUUGCAGUGACAGUUUUGUCAGUUUCCGGAGUACUGAGGUUGCGACGAGCACUUUACUUGUUAAUCACACUUUGCUGGUUGAUGACAGUGAUAUGCUGGAUAUUCUUUGGGAUCUAUUUCUUCUUAGAAAAAUUUUCUGGUGAUGCUUGCACAGCACUUGACAACUUUCAAGAAAAUCCAUACAAUAACAGCUUAAGUUCCAUACUUCCUUGUGAUGAAUUGCUCUCAGCAAAAUCAGUCCUGUCUGGUGUUAGUGCUGGAAUCUAUAACCUUGUAAAUAAGGUGAAUGAAAACAUAUCAGGCAUGCAGGCAACAUCAUAUCCAAAUCUUGUUCAUGUUUGCAACCCUUUCUCGGCGCCGCCGGAGUAUCUAUACCAGCCACAGAACUGCCCUGCCAACACCAUAAGAAUAGGAGACAUUGCAAAGGUACUAAAGCCUUUUACAUGUUCUGAUGGAACAUGUGGCAGUGAAAGUGGAAGCAGUUUCAUAAUAAGUGGAAGUGAAUAUGUGAGAGUUGAAGCAUUCACAAGUUCAAUUCAGGACUUACUAAAUGUAUAUCCAAGCAUGGAGAACUUGUUGGAAUGCCAGAUUGUGAAGGAUGCAUUCUCUGAAAUUCUUGUCAAACACUGCAAUCCAUUGAAGAGAUAUGCAAAGAUGGUGUGGUCUGGAAUGGUUCUUGUUUCUGUGAUCAUGCUGGUUUUGGUUCUACUGUGGACUCUAAAGGCUCAUGUUGAGCCACAUUGUGCAACACAACCCGGUAACUUGGAAUUAGGCUCCACUAAAGUUGUUAAUAACAACUAUAACAACAAAGUCGUAUUCCACUAGGAAGAGUCGACUACAUGAAUUAAACGACUACAACUACAGUAAGACAAUUUAUACUUAGAUUAGAAACAGAGAAAAGAUAUCAGAAAGCAAAAUGUGCAAACAACUUCCAAAUUGUACAUACACUGAUACACAGUCUUUUUAGUCCUCAAAGGUGUUUAGAAUUUAGUUACCUUAGUGAUAUGAAUUUUAGGUUACACUAAAUUGUGACACAUUUUUUGUAAAAAUUUCAUUUAGAAUAUAUGAUAUAAAUAAAAAAGAGGGAACCAACCCCAUACUAUAUAUACCUCAACACCA